AACAACAAUAUAAACAAACAACUGUAGGCUAGCGGCUAGAUUAAGGAGGUGGAUAGAAUUUUAAGUGUUAGAGAGUCUAACCAAGAAACCAAGUGGUGGGCCGUUAUUUCAUGGACACAUAUCUAACGCCUUAUCACGGACUAAGCAGUACCUGGGACUGACUAGGCUUGCUGGCUCGAGAAUCAAGCUUCUUCAGGUUGAACCACUGUUUUUUCAAUAAAAACAUUGCCACAACAAUGGAAUGGAAAAACCCCCAUGACAUCAUGAGGACUCACAAGAUCCGAAGAGCUUCAAGCGAUGUUGGUUUAAAACGCUCUUCUUCAUCGUCAAGUCUGAGCAGAAAGCUGUCUGGAAGCGGAAAAAAUGAAGCUGAAAACAUUCCUGCUCUCCAUUCAUCAAAAAGUGACAUGGCCAUUUACAGCACUCAAACUUUUGGCUCUAAACGCAGAAAUCCAUUUGGCCGAGAUUCUUUUGGAUCACCAAGGAAACGCAGGUCUGUGCUGUCAAACCAGUCUAGUGAUGAAAAUAGCCUGAGCAGGUUACCAUCAGCUGACGAGCCGUCGUCUUCUGUUAGUAUACAGUUAAGUUCCCCUGGUCUACCUGAGAAGCAAACAAGUAAUGGGAGCAAGUUGAUUGAUGAAUUGAACCUCGCUGAUUGUAAACUGACACCAGGGACCACAAAAGAUUGCAUUAGUAAAAAUGAAGAAAAUUCUUCCAAUGAUACCCAGAAAGCGACAAGUGAAAAGAUGAGUUACAGUCCUGUGGUAUUUCAAGCUCUUUCCCCUGACGAAAGGGAGGCAGUUGUUGAUCUUGACAGAAGGGACUUCCCUGGAAUGGUUCAGUGCGGAAAAGAGACUCCACCAGUGGACUGGAGCCUGAAGACAAAACUGAGAAUCGUUACUACAGCAGAUCCAGAUGCCAUGGCCAAGCGUCCAGGAGUAGAUGCAAGACAUCUUCAUUGCUUUGUCCAUCAAAAUUUGGAGAAUGGCCCCGAGUGGGACGGACUGGACCUAUACCAAAAAGUGCGGCGGUGUUGCUUCCACUACUCUUACCCACAUCUUCCCUGGAUGAUUUCAUUUCCACGGAUGGCAUCACACUUCCGAUCCAGAUCAGCUUCUAUUGCUGCCGGCAGUGAGGAUAUUUCAUCCAUGUUACACAGUGAUUGGUCCCAGUCAUUUACAUCCAUUUACCAACAGCUUCGCAGUGGUGUUUGCCCAUACUUCUACUUGUGCUGCCACCAGUUUACUGUACUAUUCAGGUGUCAAAGGUCACUGUCAGCCAUUUCCUGGUCUGCGUUGUUGUCUCCGUCCACUCGAGGUCUUCGAGAACUGCUUACUAAAGAAGGAAUUUCCUUCUCGUUGCCCAACAUCAGUAACAGACGAGAGAGUGUUCCAGAAAAUACCUCUGGUCCAUCUGAAAAAGAUGAACGUGAUAGUGAUUCUCAUCCCAGUCUCAAGAUUGAGGAGAAUGUGUCUGGUCACAUGAAUGACAAGGCCUCAGAAACCAGCGAAAAAGAAGCACCAGAGAAAGAUGCUGCUGAAAAUUCUGACAGCGAUGAAGAGAAUGUGGAAGAUCAUCGAGUGGCUUCAUUAUGGCUUGAAGGAAUGGGACUGGAUAAAAAAGAUUUUCCUUCAUUGGAGCCUGCAAAAGUCAAGAUCCAGCUAGAGGGCUUCAGGGAAAUUGACAACCGCCCUUCGUCCAUGGUGUAUGUGGAGGGGGCUGACAUCCAUCCUUUCUUCAAUUUUCUGCUCAACUAUCCUGGCUGCAUUGCCAACAGUGGCCCUCAGAUGGGAAUCCCACCCACCAUACUGUCUCCUGUCCCCUUUGCUGGUGGUGUUUUGACACAAAACACUGUCAAGAUAUCAACUGUCAAAGGAAGCAUGUGUAAAGUAGCCGACCAUGGUGACGCUUCAUCCUCUGACCUGCAAGUGUUUGAGGUGGCUGGGCCGGUGUUACCCCACCACACGCUGAACAUCGCCUCUGUCCUUCGAAAAUGUCAGUCCGGUACAUCGUCAACCAUGUCCUUCAGCAACCACACUCCCUGCGCUGCCUUCAACACCAGGAAAGUCAAUGAUCCCACCAAGGAUAAGUUGGCAGAAGGGUGGAAGAAAAUUAUGGUAGAUCCGUCAUUGGCCAAUCCGGGUCUGUUGGGAGAUGUGAAACACUUACUGGCUGAAGAGCCGAUUCUGCAUGAUGGGAAAUUUAUAAAGGAUUUACAAGUGGUGCCUGGAGGAUUUUCUUGGGCAUGAGGGUUUUGGCGUUGUUUUUUUUGUUUUUUUUGUCUUUGUUUUUUUUUUUGGUGGGGGGGGGGGGGGGGGGGUUGGUGCCAUGUAAGUUGAAAUAAGCCGUAAGUCCGUUCUUUGAGAAUAAGAAAAAGCUUCGAAUCCAACCCACUCACGAUAAUACAAAAUGGGGAAAAAAGGGAAAGGUUCCUCUUAUUCAUCAAUGACAAUUUAAAUAUAUUUCUCAACGUCAACAGGAAAACCCUUUUAGCACAAACGUCACGGAACCAGAGAAUGUAAUUGCAAUACAAAGAGCAGAGAGAUGGGGAUUUGAAAUGUUUUCAUGUACACAGGAAUUUAGUGUCAAAACAGCUUUGUGUUAACCAUAGCUGCCACUUUCCCGCUAAAUAGCGGAAACUCCGCUUAAUCUAGCUUUUCCCGCUACUUUCCUCCUUCCUCCGAUGGACCGCUCUCGGUCGCAAAUUGCGAUACUUUUUUUACACGCGGAAAACACCGAACCGGGAGAGAGAGGAAAACGCAGCUUGUGCAUGACGCAUGUCUGCCCGUAGCUUUCUACUUCCGUUCUUCUAGGCCUAGCGCUAGUUUCACUUUGUUUAUUGUGGAGCAACGAAGUGUCGAUCGGGCAUCGGAACGUUAGCGCGCCGAGUUGUCAUUGAAAAC